AUGGCUCCUAUGGCUGCGAUCAAGUUCAUUGUAAAGAGGCAGGAUGUGGAGCCACAUGGCGUCGCAUCGCCUCCUGCAACGGACAACACGAUGCUGAUCGUUGGCAUCGUACUUACCGUCGUUGCCGUAGCUAUGUUCUGCGGGCUCUGGGCCUGCUGGCACAAGAAGAAGAAGAAGGCAUUGGAAAAGUCCAAGGCUUCGAGCGCCAGACGUGCAACGCACCACCGCCACCAUGACCGGUCAUCGUCGCGCCCACACAGCAGCUCACCGAAGGGUUCGUCCAAGGACCGCAAAGAGAGAACGAAGGCGACCCGCCCCUUCCCGGUCAAGCCGUCUGGCAAUCAUGUCAUGCGAUCUGUUGAGGAUAAAGGUAGGUCCGACAAAUCGGGCAGCCCCAAGCGCGACCCCAAGCCUGCCAACGCUCCUAAGGAAGCUGGCCCCUACGACCAGUCGGGAGACGACUUCGUGGAAACGGGACACACCGCCCCAGCACCUAUCCCGGUCGUUCACGCACAGAUCUUGACAUCCCCCGAGAAAGGUGAGUACAAGUUCGGGGCGGACGACCGAGAGGUUCGCCGCAAGCCGAGGUUUGACCCAACUUCUAUCGAGAGGCAGGUUGUCGACGAUGAGCCCACCGCGAUCCGAAUGUCGCUCGAUAGCGACGAUGACGAAGGGGAGGAGGAGACAGAGGUGGACUAUGAGGCGGAAAUGGCUGCACUGAGACAGAUAACGCUGCCCGAGAUUCCCCGCGUGGCAAGUCUUGAGGGGGAGGACCGCAAGGGCAAGAAGGCAGCCCGUGAGUAA